UCUUACAACCUCCCUUCAUCGCCCGAAAUUUCAAUAUUAUAAAAUCAAAUAAAAAAUGUACAAGAAUCUAAAGUAAAGUAACAUAAGUAUGUAUUGUUUGAGAGCAUAUCGCUUAGGCGCCCUGACGUGCAGCGCCCUUAAUGCAGCCGUGAUGCCGCCGCCGGCCAGCAACAUGGCCGUCGCCAGGUUCAGGCCGCCCUCGCCCUGCGACGUCACACCCGACAAAAAACCGUGUUUCGAUAUGACGAAUGUGCGAGUGGAGCGCGCGAACCAGUGCCACUCGAACAUGAUCCGCCUGUUCCUGUACACGCACUGCUGGCCGCGCGAGCCCAGCGUAGUCGGCCUCUGGAUGUCCUCCGACAGCCCCUACCUCGACAUCCUCACUGACAAAUACUCCAAUUCUGGUGAUCGCUUUUUGGCGUUCGAGCAACUGGAUCGCACUCGCGAGUCGCGGCUGAUCGGUGUGUGCGUGGCUAAUAAGCUGUUCCCGUGGAUGGUGGCUGAGCUGGAGGAAUGGGCCAAUUUUACCUACUGCAAGCCCGACCGCACCCGCAUGUACUUCAUAGCUCACUGCAUCAAGAACGCCGACCUCAUCAGGAAGUACAACCUAGAAUACAUUUAUGACGUGGAGGUACUCUGCACGGACGCGUCAGUAGCUGCGCGCGGCGUGGGUAAGCGGUUGCUGGACGUGACGCUGGCACACGCCGACGAUCUCGGCUACCCUCUCGCACAGGUCAUCGCGGUCAGCCACUACGCUGCGAAGAUCUGCGAGAAGUGUGGCAUGAAGCGCGAGUGGUCAAUGGACUAUGACGACUACGUGGACCGCACAGGCCACCAGGUGUUCUUUCCGCGACGGCCGCACCUCAGCGUCGCCGUAUACUCCAAGUUCUUCGACCCAACCAAGCCCAAGCCGCUGCCUUGCAAACCACCUUAUCUGUGAUCUGUCCAUACGCUUCCUAUUCUGUGUUUUGACAUUAUUUAUUCAAUGAAAACUGUUUACACAAUCAAAUAUUACAGAGCGUGAACUUUUGUCUUUAAUUUGAUAGACAAAACUUAAGGUUUCAAACGACGAUAUGUAAUUGGGAUUCGAUCCUAAUAAAAUAACAAAACAUU